UGUAUGAAAUCAUCGUAAAUUAACGACCAGAGGAAUAUUGUAUUGGAAGAAAUUAGAAAGUUCACAGUGCAUUAUGCAAAUUAUUUGUUAGAAACUCAAUUGACGAGAGUAAAAUUCAAUUACAAAAAGUAACUAAAAUUUCUUGCAAGAAAGAGGAGAAGCCAGGUGUCACAUUCUUGAAUCAUCUCCCGUACUUUCAAGCGAUACGACACCGCUUUCAGUGUGAGCAAACAACGAAGUAUAUAAAGAAGCAAACGCUCACUCUUUUUCAGGCAAACAGAAAAGCAAAACCAAAAGAACUGAAAUUUCCUCCCAAAGAAAACCGCCAAGAAGAUCAAGAGCCAUUGUCGACGACCACCACCACCACGAAGCCGCCAUUGGAGAACACUGGGAUGCGGCAGCCGUGUGAGUCCAAGAAAUGGGUUUAUGGGUCUUUGAAGAUGGGACGUCAACUUGAUCGAGGCGAGUUGAAGGUAUCUUGGCUUUUCCCGUAUCUGCUUGAUUUCAAUUUCUGGGGUUGGCUGUGAAUUACUUGUCAGAUAUCUCAUCGUGUUGCUUAGCUGCAUUGUCUAAGAAUUUGGCAAAGAUAUUUCUGGGUUUUUACUUAUAGUACUGCUAGUGCUAUCUGGGAUUGUCAAUUUGGAAUUCUCAUAUUCUUGUUAAGAAUAAAGUAUCGGUUUCCAUUUCUGUUGAGUCAGUCAACAUGGUUCCCCUCAAGCAAUAUAGAAGAAGAAGAAGACCCCCCACUGAGAUCAAAGACUUGACCCCUGACAUAUUGUUUGAAAUCUUUGCAAGAGUGCCCAUGAAAUAUCUUUUGCAGUUAACAACAGUUUGCAAAUCUUACAAGGCUUUAAUUAGGGGCCAUGAGUUCAGAAGAUUCCAUCACGAAAAGAAUACCAUGAAAAAUGCUCCUGAUUAUCUACUUGUUCGCAAUAGAAUUGGAGGUCAACAAAGGGGCUUCUCCAUUUAUUCUGCUAGAACAUUUACCUAUGAUGAGAAUUCAGGGCUUCCUAGGUCCAUAGAUAUUCCCAUGCAGAUGCAGCUCCAUGACCUUCCUCUGUACGAAUAUGGUUUCACUGUUUAUGGUUCUUGCAAUGGAUUGCUUUGCAUCUCUUUAUUCUCUCUGGACUUGGACUCUCCUUUAUAUCUGUACAAUCCAUCACUCAGAAAAUUCAAGCAACUUCCUCGAAGUGAAUUUGAGCUUCCUCAAGGCACCUCCAUUACUUCUCAGAUAGCCACAGGUUUAGUUACUCUCGGCUUUGGGUUCCAUUCUGGGAAGGAUGACUAUCAGGUUGUGAGGUUUGUACACCCCAAUACAAGUUUCUUUCAUGCUGAGGUUUACAGUCUCAAGUUGAAUUCUUGGACACCAGUAGAGAAUGUUGUAGAUCCCCGUGAGGUUGAUGCUUGGUUUAUGGAAGGAUGUACAUGCUUGGAUGGAGUUAUAUAUUGGCAUUUAAUGCAGCGUCCUAACAUGUCCCUCAUUUCUUUUAAUAUGCACACUUCAGUUCUUGGAAAGAGGACGCUUCCUUAUGAUCAGCUGCAACCGGUGAUGCGUCCAAUUUGUUUGCAAGUGUUGCAUCCAGAGUGUUUGCGAGCGCUGCAUGAAAAUAGUGUGCAAGUGUCGAAGAAAUCACUCUGUUUGUUCCAAGUAAUACAGCGAGGCGGCCAUCACUACUGUGACAUAUGGGUUCUGAAAGAGGAUACUGAGGAAAAAAUCGGCAGGAUUCAUCUUCCACCACAUGCAUCUAUAGCAUGGCCAUUGGGAUUUAGCACAAAUGGCAAUGUUGCUUAUAUGGUUAUCACUGAGAAUCAAGACUUACCCCUGUUGGUUCAAUAUGUUCCUCUGCUGAACCGCAUUCAGACUGUUAUAACUCAAAUAAGUCACAGACCGUGGUACGUUGAUGCUUAUAGAGAGAGUCUGGUUCUACUCGAUGAAAUCUGAGUUAUCAUGGGUUUAAUUGGGUUGCAUUGUUUUGAAAAGUGUAGUUGGAAAAUAUAUCUUUGAUCCGAACUUCUUCCUUAUUGGUGUUAAACACUGAUACUUGUGAAGCCAGUCUACUUUUACUGAGCUAAUUGUGAAUUCGCUUUGUAGACUGUCUAUGUAGUUCAUAUGGUUUUCUAUUUUGCCGGUCCAUAUUUGGUUUCAUUUGUUCCUCUGCUGCAUAGACAUCCGACUGGAAAUUCAACCGAGUCACAGGGAGUUUCUAGUUGAUGCUUAUAGAGAGAUGCUGUUGUAAGAAGAGCUUUGGCUUUAUAUACUGCUGAAACUGAUAAUGAUUUUACUGAGCUAUUGUGAAUUCACAUUGUAGACUAUUUGCUAAAAGUCUAUUGUGAUCAAUUACUCUUAUUCAUAUUCUCAUAACCACAUCAUUUCUUCUAUGACAUCUCUCAGCUAAUGUAUAAUGUUAUCAGCUUUAUGCCUUUUAUUAUAGAAUGCCCACAUGAAUUUCUGACCCCUCCCUGAGCUGUAGGGUGCAUACAAUAUGUAUGGUGCAGCUUUCUACUUGUAUCCCUUACCUAUUUCAUCACUUGAUUGAAAUGGGGAAUGGGAUACUGGGAUAGGGGUGUUGGUACAUAUAUACUUCAUCUAGAAG